AUGGCGAGAGAGAACCCGGGCAAUGCAAGAAAAGAGAGACAGCUUAGAAGUCGUGAGAGUGACACUGAUCUUCUAAAGAAGGCGCAUGAGAUCUUCUUUGCUGAUCAAGCUAAGAAGUUUACUCUUGAACAUGCGUGGUGUACGUUGAGAUUUGAACAGAAGUGGCUUUCCCUUAACGCACCUAAAGCUGGUGGCGGUGAGAAGAGGAAGAAUGUUGAGACAACGACCCAACCUUCAACCACCGACGGUGUCAUUGAUGUUGAGUGGAGGCCAGAAGGAAUCAAGGCUGCUAAGGCUAGAAGAAAUGGUGGUAAAGGAAAGUCUGUGUCUGACUAUGCGAGUGUUUGGGAAAUGAAGAAAGAGGACUGGGAAAUGAAGAAGGAGGACUUGGAGAGGAAGGAGAGACUGUCGAAGUUAGCUAUACUUGACACUCUCCUUGCCAAGACUGAACCAUUGAGUGAGGCGGAAGAAGCUGUGAAGAAUAAGCUCUUAGCGGAGUGUUUCUGA